AUAUGUGCGCUGCUAAAUUGAAAGAAGCGCUAAACGAUUGCCUAAUAAAUUUCGAUUGUCGUGUACUAUUAACGGAUUUGAUAAAUGAAUACCAUAUGCCAAUUGAGGAAGUGUACUUUGUAGCUGACGGUCUGAUUUUACACCCUUCUAUUACUGCUGUUCAAAACUUUAUUGGGCAACAAAUCGUUUUCUUAGGCGGCGAGCACACACCAACAGGGUUUUCCUUCCAAUAACCACGUAACAACUAGUCCUAGUCCACUGCCGCACUGUAAUUUCAAAUGGUGCGUUUCGAUCCUUUAGGCCAGAAAAUGUUCACACGGCGCAAUUGGCUGCUCCGCUGUAGCAUACUCAUCAACAUUAUUGUCAUCCUCUACAUAUGCAGUCACGUCAUGAUAGGCAAUGGUAGCGGCUUUAAUGGAGGCGGCACAUUCUUUAUACAGGAACGAGGAGUGGAGCCCUCGAAUACGCAACUACCGAAUAAUGAGCCACUUGUAGGCGAUAAGCUACAAUCGGCACUGCCACUACCAGCCGCAUCUAGUGAUCUGCAACCGGCGCCGCCAGGGUCCAAUGAUUCUGGAGGCUCUAUAGCGGCGCCUGCUGCGCCAAGCGAAAUAGUCGCAUCACCUGCACAAAAUCACACGAGUAGCGUUUCCGGCAGUUCGGCAGCCGGUGCUCUGGUGGGUAAUAUUGGCGGCGGCACUCCAGAAGCAGCAGCAUUCAUGAAUAGUUCUAUUACCGAUGGCUAUAUUGUUACCGGUGAUGAAAAAGAUUUGAAUGAACGGCUAGAAACUCUACUGAAUUGUUACAAUCGUGACUACAAUCCAGAGGUUUUGCAGCGUGGUGACUUCUGGGUGCUCAAGAAUUACGUGCGCGCCGAUCAUGGCGCGUUAAAGUGCACCGAAACAAUCACAUACACAACGCAUGCCGAUUAUUCAUUUUUGGAUAAUCUGAUACCUUUGCUAGAACGUUGGAAUGCACCUGUGAGUAUUGCGUUGCACACACCUGGCACCGACUAUCAACCUACCGUUGACUCCAUAAAGUACCUGCGUGAUUGUCUGCCUGAAAGUCAUUUGGUACGCGCUUUUGCCACAUUUCACCUCUACUUUAGCACGAAACACAUACCUAAGCAAGUGAUGAAACAGGCGGAUGUGCUCAAGACGCCCUAUAAUUGCACGAUACCACCCCCCUACUUCAAUAUUAGUUCCGGCCAUUUAUAUAAGUCACAAAAGAAACUAUUGUACCCGGUGAAUGUGGGCAGAAAUAUAGCGCGCGAUGCCGCCCUAACACACUUUAUACUAGCCUCAGACAUUGAGUUGUAUCCAAAUCCAGGUUUAGUGAAAAAAUUUCUCGAAAUGAUUGCGCGCAACGAAGCAUAUCUGCGCCGUAAAGCGCCAAGAGUUUUCCCGCUGCCCAUUUUCGAGGUGGAAGCCAAUGUAUCUGUGCCACACGACAAAACCGAAUUGCAAGAGUACUUGCGCACCGGCAAAGCGAUACCCUUCCAUAAGCGCGUAUGCGCCAGUUGUCAUGGCGUACCACAGUCCAAAGAGUGGAUGGCCGCCAAUGAGACAGAGGAACUGAGUGUCUUCCACAUAGGCAAACGUACUGGAUACUUUAGGCAUUGGGAGCCGAUUUAUAUUGGAACGAAUGCGGAUCCGCACUAUGAUGAACGGCUGAGUUGGGAGGGAAAAAGUGAUAAGAUGACGCAGGGUUAUGCGCUCUGUGUAUUAGACUACGAGUUCCAUAUUUUGGACAAUGCCUUCCUCGUGCACAAACCAGGCAUCAAAGUAAUACAAAAAGAUAAACGACGUGCCAUGUUGGCGGGUAAAACGAAUCAACUAAUAACCAAAAUCAUUUAUCCGGAAUUGAAGAUAAUGUAUGGCGUGCGACAGGGUUGCAAUGUAUAGUAACUAAUAAAUUGGCAAAAAAGUUGAAAAACUUUUUUAAGCUAUAAUAAGAAUGGAAUUAAAAGACUACUACUACAAUUCAAAAUACUACUUUUUUAAGACGAAAAGUGUUAAAGCGAAAUAUUAUCGAUGGAGAUAUAAAAAAUAUAUAUAUUUAGAUAUUUGCCAGCAUAUUCAUAGUUAAUUACGAUUAGUAAUUAUCAAUUAGCAGCGUCGAUUCGAGCCAACGCAUUGUAAAUGUUUUUUAUAGAAUGCCUUUUUGAUUUCCAUUACGUUUUUGUUUAAAGUUGGAACCUCAAAAAUAUUUUUGUAUCGUAAAAAUAAGUGAUAACAGUGUCACAAAAAAUAACAUCUAGAUAAUAUCACAUGUGUAUGUAUGCUUAAAAUUGUCUUUGCUCCAUGGCAUUGUUGUAUGAAAAAGAUUUGUAAGAUUUAAAUGUGCGUAAAAAUGCAAAUUAACUUUACUUUUAUCACUUACAAUACUAUGUAUGUACUAUUUUUUAAAUUAUAUAUGUUUGUAACACAUAUACAUGUAUACAUAUACCAUAUGUGUGUACCUACAUUUGUAAUAUUUCAUUUAAAAACAAAUUGAACGUAUUAUAAUAUUUGUAUUGUAGUUUUUAACACCCGUGCGCACGUAUGAAGCAAAACUUAAGAAAAAUGCAAACAAGGAAAAAAAAAAUUCUUAAAAAUAAAAUGUAAAAAAUUGUAAAAACGAAAAUACGUUUAAAAUUAGAAAAAGGCAAAAUAAAGAAAAAUUUAGA